UCUGUCAGGCUCGAUAGACGACCUCCCGACGGGCACCGAGGGCGCCCUGAGCCCUGGCGUGAGCACGUCGGGCGUGUCCAGCAGCCAGGGCGAGCAGAGUAACCCGGCGCAGUCGCCCUUCUCCCCCCACACCUCGCCACACCUGCCGGGCAUCCGUGGGCCUUCGCCCUCCCCCUCCGGCUCCCCCGCCAGUGCCAGCGCAUCCCGCUCCGGACCGCUCUCGCCCGCCGCUGUGCCAGGAAACCAGAUGCCCCCCAGGCCUCCUAGCGUGCAGUCGGACGGCAUGCUCCACUCCUCCAUGAACCAGCCACCGAUGGGGCAGGACCGGGUCUACAUGAGGAACCCUCAGAUGCCUCCGUACGGCUCGCCUCAGUCUGGCUCCGCCUUAUCUCCUCGCCAGUCCUCAGGAGGCCAGAUGCAUGCUGGGAUGGGUCCCUACCCACAAAACAACUCCAUGGGUAACUACGGCCCGCAGGGAGGCCAGUAUGGCCCGCAAGGUUAUCCCAGAGGACCCUGCGGCUAUGCUGGCAUGCCCAACGCCAACUACGCCGCGGGCAUGGGAGGCUCCAUGAACCCCAUGGCUGCGCAGGGCGGUGGGGGUCCCUACGGGGGGAUGCACCCAGGGCGGAUGGGCCCGGGGCAGAUGGGAGCUCGGCCCUACGGCCCUGGCAUGGGCCCCAACAUGGCCGGCAUGCCCCCGCAGGUGCCCUCGGGCAUGGGCCCGCCGCCCGGCAUGAACAGGAAACCGCAGGAAGCGCCAGGAGCUGCAAUGCAUCAUGGUCCUCCCACUAACUCCAUACACAGGCCGCCAGGCUACCCGCAAGGCAUGCCGCAAGGCAUGAUGGGACCUGGCUCCCCGUACUCCGCACCCCUAAACAGCAUGCAGGGGAUGAUGAACCAGGGAGGGCCCUACCCCAUGGGGGGCAACAUGGCCAACAACACCCCAGGCAUGGCACCCAGCCCAGAGUUCGGUAUGGACGUGAAGAUGAACCAGGCCCCGAAGAUGAACAACAAAGUCGAUGGCACCCCUAAGACUGAGUCUAAAAAGGUAUCGUACAACGAAGUGGACGCCACCCCCAAGACCAAGCCGAAAAAGAAGUCCAACUCGUCCACCACCACCAAUGAGAAGAUCACACGGCUGUACGAGCUGGGCCCGGAGCCCGAGAGGAAGAUGUGGGUGGACCGCUACCUGGCCUUCAGCGAGGAGAAGGCCCUGGGCAUGACUAACCUGCCUGCCGUCGGACGCAAGCCCCUAGACCUCUACCGCCUCUACGUCUCCGUCAAGGAGAUCGGCGGACUCACACAGGUGAACAAGAAUAAGAAGUGGCGUGAGCUGGCCACCGCACUCAAUGUGGGCACGUCCAGCAGCGCCGCCAGCUCCCUGAAGAAGCAGUACAUCCAGUGCCUGUACGCCUUCGAGUGCAAGAUCGAGCGCGGGGAGGACCCGCCACCCGACAUUUUCACCGACAACAAGAAGAACCAGCCCAAGAUCCAGCCUCCAUCCCCAGCAGGAUCAGGAUCGCUCCAGGGCCCCCAGACGCCCCAGUCCACUAGCAGCUCCAUGGCCGAGGGUGGAGACCUCAAGCCCCCCACCCCCGCUUCCACCCCCCACACUCAGAUGCCCCCCAUGCCAGGAGUCAGGAGUAGUGUCAAUCUGCAGGACCCCUUUGCUGAUGGUGGAGACCCAGCCUUCCCCCGACGGAACUCCAUGACACCCAACUCGGGCUUCCAGCCUGGCAUGGGUGGUCCGGGCAUGGGGAUGGGACCUUACGAACCCAACAAGGACCCCUUUGGUGGCAUGAGGAAAGCUGGGGAGCAGUUCCUGGGUCCCAACCAGGGCCCCAACGCCCCCAUGGGGGAGCAGUUCAACCGUGGCCCCCCAGGACCCAUGGGAAACAUGCCCAUGGCCCAGAGGCAGCAGUACCCCUACGGCCCAGGAUACGACCGAAGACCAGAGGCAGGUAUGGGUCCAGAUGGCACCAUGGGCCCUGGCUCUGCUCAGCCCAACAUGAUACCUCCCAAUGCCGACACGGGGAUGUACUCUCCCAACCGGCCCCCACACCAGCAGAGGCAUGAUUCCUAUGGUAAUCAGUACCCUGGCCAAGGGCCGCCCCCUGGUGGCCCCUACCCCAAUCAGCAGCCGGGAAUGUAUCCACAGCAACAGCCGAACUACAAGCGGCCAGUGGACGGAGGCUACGGUCCCCCGGCUAAGCGGCAUGAAGGCGAGAUGUACAACGUGGCGUUCAGCGGUGGGCAGCAGCAGCAGCCUCCCCAGGGACCUCCCCAGGGCCCCCCCAACGCCCCCCAGUCCCAGCAGGAGAUGUUUAACCAGUACAACCAGUUCCCUGGCUCCGAGCGCCGGCCCGGGGGCCCACAGAACCAGUUCCUUCCCUUCGGACGGGAACGGGGUCCACCGACCGGCAGUGGCAACGGUGGCGGAGGAGGGGGUGGCCCGAACGCCCAGCCUUCCAUGCCCCCUCAGAUGAUGUCGUCUGUGCCCGACGGGCCGCAGGGCCCCAUGUGGCAGGGCCGUAACGACAUGAGUUACCCCAACUACCCCAACCGGCAAGGCCCGCCAGGCAUGCCAGGGCAAGGCCCGGGGUACCACGGGAUGAACCGCUCGGAGGACAUGAUGUCGUCGGAGCAGCGCAUGAACCACGAGGGUCAGUGGCCUCCCCACAUGAGCCAGCGCCAGCCCCCGUAUGGGCCCGGGGCCGGACCGCCCGUCUCGCGCUCCCUGCAGCCCAGCUUCCAGAACCAGAACCACAUUCCGCAGGUGUCCAGCCCGUCGCCCAUGCCUCGGCCCAUGGAGAGCCGGACGUCGCCCAGCAAGUCGCCCUACAUGCACUCCGGGCCGCCCAGCAUGAAGAUCCAGAAGGCCGGGCCCCCGGUGCCCGCCUCGCACAUCGCACAGCCUCCCGUGCAGCCGCCACUCAUCAGGAGAGACGUGGCGUUCCCGCCCGGAUCGAUAGAGGCCACCCAACCUGUCCUCAAGCCACGCCGGAGGCUCACCACGAAAGACAUCGGAACACCAGAGGCAUGGAGAGUGAUGAUGUCACUGAAGUCCGGUUUGUUAGCCGAGAGCACGUGGGCCCUGGACACAAUCAACAUUCUACUGUAUGACGACAACAGCAUCACUACCUUCAACCUCUGCCAGCUUCCUGGUUUCCUGGAGCUGGUGGUGGAGUAUUUUCGGCACUGUCUCAUCGAGAUCUUCGGCAUCCUGAAGGAGUACGAGGUGGGAGACCCAGGCCAGCGCACCCUCAUUGACCCCAACGCCGUGGACCACGACCUCUCGGACAACGAGCUCCCACUGGACAUGGAGGACAUGGACGAGGAUGAGGAGGACGAAGAGGACGAUGCGCGAGAGGAGAAGAGCAGCACUGCGGACGGCACUUCGACAGAAGUCGAGGUCAAACAGGAGAAGGACGAGUCGGAAAAUGACGACGUAAACGAAAAGAAAGAGGAAGUCGAGUCGCCUUCAUUGUCAUCGUCGUCGGCCAAGAGCCCGUCGUCCAGCCCCUCAGCCCAGGACGGCAACACUACUCAGGAGAGGCCCAAGCAGGCCAGCAAGUUUGACAAGCGCCCCAUCAAAGUGGUGCGAAAGAGAAACCCGUUCGCCGGGAGCCGGGCCUCCAAGCUCGGCCAUCGGCAGUCGUUCGACAGCGGUCUCCUCCACUGGAGCGCCGGGGGUGGGGACACCACUGACCACAUCCAGACGCACUUUGAGAUCAGGUCCGACCCGCUGGCGUCACGGAAACAGGCGAACGCCUGUGCCAGUCAGAAGCGGAAGAGAGUGACUGAGAACGAUGUUGUUGCCGCCACGACAACGACGGCGCCGACAACGCCAGGAGCAGCGCCAACAACGUCAACGACAGACCAGUCAAGCGAGGAGUCCUCUGGGAAGAAGCAGCCAGCGGAGGAAGAACCAGAGCAGCAGGAACGGGCGAAAAGUUCAUCCGCGGAGACUGCUUCGGCCGACGCGGACAGGAGUCCAGCUGCCUCCACGACUGCACCCAGCACCCCAAGCACUGCCGACGAGGUCCUCUCCUCGCGGCAGAGGUCUGGAGACGACAGCACCCCGGCGGGAGGGCUAACCGGAAGCCGCAACGUCUCCGACGACAAGAAAGACGCUUCCGGAACGCUCACGCUUCACUCCAGCCGGUCGACGCAGCAGGCCGGUAGCCGCGUGCCCAUUCUGGAGGACGAGCCGCACAGCAAAGACGAGACGCCACUGGGCACGCUGUCCGACUGGCAGGACUCUUUGGCGCGUCGCUGCAUCUGCGUGUCCAACAUCGUGCGCAGCCUGUCGUUCGUGCCGGGCAACGACCACGAGAUGUCCAGGCACCCGGGCCUGCUGCUGGUGCUGGGCCGCCUCGUCCUGCUCCAGCACUGGCACCCCGAGCGCAAGCAGGCACCCGUCACCUACGAGAAGGAGGAAGAGGAGGACGAAGGGGUGAGCUGCGAGCGCGACGAGUGGUGGUGGGACUGCCUGGAGGUGCUCCGCGAGAACUGCCUGGUGACGCUGGCCAACAUCUCGGGCCAGCUGGACCUCUCCAUCUACCCUGAGAGCAUCUGCCUGCCUCUGCUCGACGGGCUGCUGCACUGGGCUGUCUGCCCGUCGGCCGAGGCCAUGGACCCGUUCCCGUCGCUGGGCCUGGGCGGCGAGCUGUCGCCGCAGCGACUGGUCCUGGAGACCCUCAGCAAGCUGAGCAUCCAGGACAACAACGUGGACCUGAUCCUGGCCACCCCGCCGUUCAGCCGCCUGGAGAAGCUGUUCGGGACGUUGGUGCGCCUGGUGGGCGAGCGCAAGGUGCCCGUGUGCCGCGAGAUGGCGGUGGUGCUGCUGGCCAACCUGGCACAGGGCGACAGCAUGGCGGCGCGCGCCAUCGCCGUGCAGAAGAGCAGCGUGGGCAACCUGCUGGGCUUCCUGGAGGACAGCCUGGCCGCAACGCAGUUCCAGCAGAGCCAGGGGGCGCUGGUGCAGCACAUGCAGGCCCACUUCGAGCCCACCAGCGUGGACAUGAUGCGGCGGGCGGCCCGGGCUCUGCACGCGCUCGCCCGCGUGGAUGAGAACCACUCGGAGUUCACACUGUACGAGUCGCGGCUGCUGGACAUCUCCGUGUCACCACUCAUGAACUCGCUGGUGUCGCACGUCAUCUGCGACGUCCUGUUCCUUGUCGGCCAGUCGUGACGGCUGGGGGUUUAACGCCUUUUCUGCCUCAGACGCCUCCUGCUCCCCCCCCUCCCCAAAGCUCCACCAUCUCCAUAGGAUUACUUUUGUUUUUGUUUUACCUUCCUUCACCUGUGUGUCUGCACGAGUGAGUGUAUGAAUGAAGAAAACAGCAGAAAAUGACUGUCGUAUUUUUUUGUUCCCGUUUUUUAUUUAUGCAAAGUCACCUCGGAUUCCACUAACCUAUCCCCGACCCCUCAUCCCACCUGUCUCUCGCCCAUCCUUGGCCUCUCUUAAGGAGCGAUUUCAUGAAGUAGUUGUGGAUUUCAAAAUUGCUUCCCAACACACCCCCCUCCCCUCCGUUCUUAAAAGGAGAAGACUGUAAAGUCGAAACGACUAAACAAGACCCACCCCCAGCUUGGACGAGUGUACUGCCCUUUGAGAAGUACUGACAUUUUUAUAUAAAGAGAGAGAAAAAAACUAGAUUUAACAAAAUUCAACAAAAAUACACAAAAAAAAAAUAACCUGAAACAAAAACCAACACAAAAAACUGUAACCAAAGUUGCCGUCUUGUUUACAGUGAGUCUGGGAGGGGGGUGAUUGAGUCUCCUCAAAGGCAGGGGCAACUAUGGGGCAGGGGGCAACGGGACUGGACGGAGGGGGUGUUGGAGCGCAGGGGUUUUUCUUUUCCGGGUCUGGUGCGGAGCCUGGCGCAGAACCCUCCUGUGAGCAAACGUUGCUGUAAGAAGAACUCCUCUGCGUUGGGCUGGUCGGGGAGGCAGGCCGUCGGCUGGGAAACGGGACGUGUGAACAGAUGUGUACAUGGGAGACUUGUGCAGUAGCUUGUAGGACGUUUUAUUUUUUUCUUUCUUUCUUUUUUUUUUUCGUACUGUACACCUUAAAAAAAGAAAGAAACGGAAAAAAAAAAACUUAACAUACUGUAAUAAUACUGUUUGACACUGAGAUACGCUGGCUUGGCAGCAGAAGAAGAAGAAAAAGACAAAAAAAGAAUCCUGUAGUUUUUAAAAACUGAUUUUAGUUGAUGUCGAGAGAGAGAGAUUGAAAAAAAAGGCUUUUCCCCCAAAGUGUCGUGAACCUACAACACCCGUACCUCUUCUCUCUAUCCCUCGAUGACUUGACCCUCAAUGAAAUCACCUCUUAGGACUGGUCUUUGGCGCUAGAUGCAGUCCAGGCUGCAAUGUAUAUAAAACGAUGUUGUAUAUUUGACAUCCUUUUUGCUCUACUUCCUCACAUCUCUGGCACGCUCUUCUUAUGCAUCACUUCAUCUUGAUUCAUUUCUUUUCUUUGUUUUUGUUCAUUCAUUCAUUCAUUCUUUUUUUCUUUUUUUGAACGAAUAAAAAGGCUUAACUCAAAACAAGUCCCACUUUCCUCCCCCAUGUCGUCAUUGCGUAUUGCCAUGUGAUCUUUCUAACACUUCCUGUGUCAGGCCUAUGAUGGUGGUGGUCAUGGUCGUGGUGGUGGUGGAGGGGGAGAGGUAGGGGUAGGUGGGUUGUACAGCUGCUGUUCAUUGCAACCCCCAAAACCUGCUAACCACCCCCCUCAAAAAAAAGCAGAUCAAGUUAACAAGUUUUGACUGGUCACCAGGCGUUUGGAGCAGGUCAUCAGCUAGUUCACCACUGCACGAGUCAGAGCUCUCCAUUGGGUGGAGAGGUCCGAUCGAAUGAUUUUAUUUACUUUUUUCCCCUCCUGUGACAUGGAUUACGCAUAUUUGUAUUUCAGACAAUGUAGCUAAAACCUUGAUGUAAAUUCCUUUUUUUUUGUUUGUUUUCUUUUUUGGGGCUUAAUGAAUAUCAUUUAUUCAGUAUGAAAUCUUUAUACUAUAUGUUCCACGUGUUAAGAAUAAAUGUACAUUAAAUCUUGGUAAGACGCUU